AUGGAAACCACGUCUACACCGCCUUUGGAUAAUACAACUCCGCCCCAAGCCUCUCAUGGACAUCUCCAUACCGGCCGACGCCUAAGAAAAUUACUCAGGCCGAACGGAAGAAGAGUACACAUCGCUGGUACACCAGAAGAGCAUGUUCAUCUUACGCGUACUCUACCCAACAUUGAGCCAGACGACAACUUCGAUUGCUACCUCCAGGGUUCGACGGAACACCUCGAAGCAGUGAGAGAGAUCCACGCAUUUCAUGAGAAUCGGAGUCAUGAUCUUCGCACUCAACAUGGCUCGAUUUAUGAUGAAUUCGAGCUCGUCAGAUCAGAGCUUGAUACAUUGGCAGACGAACUUCUGCAUCUGAGUAACCAUGGUGUGGCCCUCAACGCCAAUUUCUCGAAAUUCGGCUAUGACGCCCAUAUCAGAACAAAAGAUUCAGACUCUUCCACCAGCUCUCUAAGCGGUGACCAGUCUUCUUCUCAUCGUGACUGGGAAGCCGAGCGGCGGAAAGGCCAGGCUUUGAAGUUCUGGAAAAAGCCAAUAGUACGCCAGUAUUGGCACAGAGGCCUUCUCUGGCGAGCGUCCGAAGUCGAAGAGGUAGCUUCUUUCGAGCUUUUCGUCGAUCUGCUUUACGUUGGAAUUAUCUCUGUCAUAGGGGACACUGCCGCAGAGAACGCAACAGGCUUUAACUUGCUCAAGUUCACUAUCACGUUCGCCCUGGCGUUCAAGAUGUGGACCGACCUUACUCUGCUAAUAUCCUGGUUUGAGACAAGUCGGUGA